CGUACAGCUUCUAGAACCCGCUGAUCCCUUUAUUUAUGUCUCUUUUCCUCUUGAUUAUUUAUUUAUUUAUUUCCUUGCUUCUUGAGUUCUAGUCAGUAGAGUAGACUUAAUAAGAGUUUCUUUAAUACUCAUUCACUCCUUACUCUUACGCCUCUUCGCUGCAAUACUGUAGCUGUCAUUCGUUGUUAAUACAGUAAUAAUUAUAUAAUUAUAUACAAGAUGCGCUUUGCUUCGUCCGUCCUCGGCCUCGCGGCCACCGCUAGCACCGCCGUUGCUGCUGCUACUACUGCUGCCAACACUGGUAUCAAGGGCUUCAACUAUGGAGCUUUCUUCCUUAACCAGGCUGCUAAGCAGCAAGCCGAUUUCGAGUACGAGUUCAACCGCGCCAAGAACCUCCCAGGCACAAGUGGAUGGACGAGUGCCCGCCUCUACUCUAUGAUCCAAUGGCAAACCACAAACUCCGUUAUUAGCGCAAUCCCGGCUGCCAUCAACACCAAAACGACUCUUCUCCUAGGUCUCUGGGUUUCGGGCGGUGACCAAGCUAUCACGAACGAGAUCGCUGCUCUUAAGGCUGCGAUUAGCCAAUAUGGAUCUGCAUUCACCGACUUAGUUGUUGGUAUCUCAGUUGGUAGUGAGGAUCUCUACCGCGACGCUAGCGGUGAAGUCGGCGUCGGCCCCCAGAAGCUCAUCGACUGCAUCAACAAGGUCCGAAGCGCCAUUGUUGGUACUCCUCUUGCCGGUGUGCCCAUCGGCCACGUCGAUACCUACGACUCCUUCCUGAAUGGUACCAACCGGGCUGUCAUCGACAACAUCGACUGGCUCGGCUUCGACGGCUACCCGUACUGGGAGCAGACCUUGCCCAACAGCAUCGGCAACGCGCACGAACGAUUCUAUAGCGGACUCAACAAGACUAUUGCUCUAGCUGGAAACAAGCCUGUCUAUGUUACCGAGACCGGAUGGCCCGUGUCUGGAAAGACUGUUAAUGAAGCCGUAGCCAGUCCCGAAAACGCCCGCAUCUACUGGCAAGAUAUUGCCUGCAGCCUGGUCGCGAGUGGUGUUAACCUGUGGUGGUACGACCUUCAAGAGUCUCAGUGGGGACAAGCCUCGCCAGAUUUCGGUAUCUACCCCGCCGGUGACCUUGGCACGGUCCAGGCGAGCUAUGACCUCUCUUGCUAAACGCCAGUAUUAUGAAAAUAUACAGUUAUAUAGACUUCCUUCGCAUAGAUAUCGUAAUCGCCAUGCUCUCCCUAGAGCGUUAUGGCGUUAAUACCCGUUGCUAUUUGACUGUUUGGGUAUAGAUGUUGGACUAGUUCGUUGCCGGUAGGGCGAUGGGAGCUCUUCGCUUGGAUAUAUAGGUACUUAUAUACAGUUAACUCACUGCGCUACGCAUAUAAAUAUAUGUACUCUGGGCUGGUUAGCUCAACUCUACAAUCCUUC